AUGGCCUUCGUGGUCUUUCCAAGUCUCGCCCUCCUCACCCCCCUUACCCCACCCCACAAACACAUACAUGCACAUCUGCUUACGGACACAUGUAGGCAUAGGCAUUCACAUCUUGGCCGAAUGGGAGUACUCAUCCUUAUGUUCGGCCGACCGGGCUUGAUCCGCACGAGAUGCAUGAGGCAUUUGAGUGUGGUGUCGAGGGGAGGAGUGGUUGGGCGGGGAGAUGCUGAGAACGACAGCUCAAAGAGCUGGCCACAUCCCGACUUGAGUAGCCCAAACCAUUUGUCCCCAACCUGUCAGUGGCUAACAGACAAGGCUCGAGACCGUUGA